UCAAUGGGUUUCCUGUGCUUGUCGGCCAUCUUGUGUUUUUCACGUGAUUUGAAGCCAGGAAAGAAACACUCUGUAAAUGACACAUUUCUCUGGUUAUCCUGCCAAGAAAGAAUUAGACCUUACAGAUUUUCCUCCUGCAGUCAUGCUCAAGCCGAAAGUUUUGACGGAAGUCCUCUCACAAGCAAACACUGGCGGUGUUAUAAGCACUCUGCUGCUGAAUAACGAAGGAUCCAUUCUGUCAUACUCUGGCAAUGGUGACAAAGAAGCAAACAAGACAGCUGCCAUUGCAUCUAGCAUCUGGUCUGCAUACGAGAAGAAUGGCAGGAUAGCUUUUCAUAAUGAAGAAAUAAAGAUGCUCUUCAUGGAUUGUGAGGAAGGCAAAGUGGUCAUAGCGAGAGUUGCAAAUCUAUUAGUGUGUCUUUAUGCAAAAGAGUCUGUAGGUUUUGGAAUGCUCAAAGCUAAGGCUGAAGCUCUUGUUUCUUACCUAGAGGAGCCACUACGACAAGUAGUUGCAUCAUGAUAAACACAUUAAAUUAUGAGUCCAUCAUUUCCCUGCAUGGGUAGAUGCCUUUUCUCUGUAUUGUACGACAGAUAGGUUAACAGAAUACACAGGAUGGAGGUAUCCACUGGAAAGGACUAGUAAUUGACACAAAAAGAUAAUACAACUCAUAUAUUGUAGAUAGUUUUGCAGUAAAUCUAUGGUAUUUGAAUUUUAAAAGUUUUUCUGUAAUCAUCAGUUUUGCAAAUCACCAAAGUCAUGAAAAAUAUUAUGAAAAAUGAUAUACUGUAUCAUGGAAGAAACCUGGUGAUCAGAUCCUAGAAACCAAUAUAACCAAGUAUUUGUGACCUCAUGAACCAGAAUAUGAAAAUAUUAAACAGAGAGUAUUGAUAAA